UAAAAAAGAAAAUAAAUAUAUUUGUAUUUGCACUAUCAUAAAUAAUUGACCCCUUGUAUUUUAUGAAAGCAGAAAAUUCAUAAUUUUCCAAAGUGAUCCAUCUGUAGGAAAUGGUUUGAGACAGCCAGACAGGAUCCUAAAAAGAUUGUUGUGGACCUUGUGGUUUUCUUUACUAAAUUUCCCCUUCGUCGUUUUCAAUAAUAUAAUAUAAUUUCAAGAAACCGAUGAGCAAGCACCGGUAAAACGCCGUCGUUUUUUCAAUAUUCUCAAACACACCCCGGCAGAAUCAGCUUCCAAUUCCCCAACUUGCGUCACCAAGCACUCAGCCACUCACCGCAAUAGCAGCAUACAUAACAGAGGCAAGGCAAACUUGAAGCCUUCCACUUUUGAGUCCCAGAAAUGGCCUCCAAACCCAAAGCCAUAAUCUCAUGGGGCUCCGGCGAAGAUGGCCAGUUGGGAAUCGGGAACAACGAAGAGAAGGAGUGGGUUUGCGCCGUCAAAGCUCUCGCCGCCCAGAAUGUUUGCUCCGUUGUCGCCGGCAGUCGCAACUCUCUCGCCAUUUGCGAAGACGGCAAGUUGUUUACAUGGGGAUGGAACCAAAGAGGAACUCUGGGACAUCCGCCGGAGACUAAGACUGAGAACAUUCCCAGUCAGGUUAAGGCUCUUGCCAAUGCUAAGAUUGUUCAGGCGGCUAUUGGUGGUUGGCACUGUUUGGCGGUUGAUGAUCAAGGCCGGGCUUAUGCUUGGGGUGGGAAUGAGUAUGGUCAAUGUGGUGAAGAACCCGAAAGGAAAGAUGACACUGGCAGGCCUUUGAGGAGAGAUAUUACCAUUCCUCAGCGUUGUGCAUCAAAACUUUCAGUCCGCCAGGUAGCUGCUGGGGGUACUCAUUCAGUGGUGCUCACGCGCGAAGGACAUGUAUGGACAUGGGGACAACCAUGGCCCCCUGGUGACAUAAAACAAAUUUCAACUCCUGUGCGAGUACAAGGCCUUGAAAAAGUGAGGCUAAUUGCAGUUGGGGCAUUUCAUAAUCUGGCUCUCUUGGAGGAUGGAAUCUUAUGGGCAUGGGGUAACAACGAAUAUGGACAACUUGGAACUGGUGAUACUCAACCAAGAUCACAACCCAUUGCUGUUCAAGGGCUAUCUGAUCUUACGUUGGUUGAUAUUGCUGCGGGAGGAUGGCAUUCUACAGCAUUGACAGAUGACGGAGGGGUGUAUGGUUGGGGUAGAGGAGAACAUGGAAGGCUUGGAUUUGGAGAUGACAAGAGCAGUAAAAUGGUGCCCCAAAAGGUUCAGCUUCUAGUCGAGGAGAACAUAGUUCAGAUAUCUUGUGGGGGCACUCACUCUGUUGCAUUAACACGCGAUGGACGAAUGUUUUCAUUUGGGCGAGGGGACCAUGGGCGCCUUGGCUAUGGGAGGAAGGUGACCACUGGCCAUCCGAUGGAAGUACCUAUAAACCUCCCACCAGCAACUAAUCUCAGUGGCAGUGGAGCUGGAGGACAUUGGUGCUCCAAACUUGUUGCUUGUGGUGGUCGUCAUACUUUGGCAAUAGUAGAAUGGCUGGCCCAUGAACCUGAACAGUUGAUAUGAAAGAACUGUAUCGCGAGGUCUAGUCUACCUACAAGCCAAACUUUUAUAUGACACACAUACAGUCAAAGAGAUUAAACUCAAAAUAAAGUGAUAUAAGAAAGGACAUUUUCAUA